AUGGAUCGAAUGAAUGGUGGCGUCCGUCAUUAUUUAGCGCAAGAUAGGCCUGAUCGAAAGACACAAUUCUCUUGGUUGACGAAACUGGCAUAUACUCUGGGAUACAUCCACGAGCAUCGCAUUAUUAUCGCCGACGUCCGAUAUGACAAUCUAUUACUCGACGACGCUUUAGACGUCAAAUUCUGUGACCUCGGGGAAUCGGCUAUGAUGCCUCUCGAUUGGCAUCUAGAGGGCACUGACGAUCUUGGCUUCUCGAUUUUGACCGAUACUGGACAGUUUGGCAGAGUCAUGUAUGAAGUUAUUGCCGGAGUUAGAUGCAAAUUCGAUCUGACCCUAAACCGGAAAGAACCUGAGGAUCUGUACUCUUGUCCGCCACGAGACAGUCUUCCGUCACCCAGAGAUAUAUGGCUAGGCCAUAUCAUUGACAAAUGUUGGACUCAGGCAUUCAAGUCUGCCAGAGAGCUCGCCCUGGAGCUGGACCAGGAACGACUUCCCUGA